AUGGAUGUCACAAACUGGCACGGUCUGUGUUUGUUGGAGGACAUUCUCAGCAAAGGCUUGCAACCGAGCGUUGUCACUUUCGCCAACGUAGCAGGAGCUCACCGACAGGCUCUGCCGGAUGAGCUUGAAGGCAUCCUGUCCAGUAUGGCAGACAAGGGCGUCAUUCCCAACAAGGUGUUCAUAGAAACAUUCCUGGGUGCUUUGUUUCCGGCUCGUCUCACGGCAGCCUGGACGGUGGAUGAUGUCCGUAUUCGGCGUAAGGGGACGAGCAGGGACAGGCUGAGGGUGGUAAAGUCAGUUCUGAAAGAUGCAGAGUCUCGAGGUGUCCGGCUGACACAGCUCAGCUCCUUGACUGAGCAGUACCUACAGCAGCUGAACAUCUGA